UUGCUUUUGGGGGUCUUUGCACGGAGGGAGACUAGAAAUUAGAAAAGCAAAUCCACUGCUCUCAGCUUCAAUCCCCUCCGUUCUCCAUUACUCCAACUCUCCAGUUUGGAGAGAGAAGAAGAUCGUAACAAGUAUCAGAGCGAAUUGAUCUUAUUCAGGGUUUUGGAGAAUUUGAGUUUCGAUGGGGAAGGGUUCGAAAAACGCAUGCAAGUCCGCGUCCCACCAGCUUUUCAAGGAUAAGGCGAAAAACCGAGUGGAUGAUCUGCAAGGGAUGUUUACUGAUCUGCAAUUCGCUCGGAAGGAGAGUCGUACGAGUGAUGUGGCUGUUCUGGAGGAGCAAGUACAUCAGAUGCUGCGCGAAUGGAAAGCUGAACUCAACGAGCCUUCGCCAGCAUCUUCUUUACUCGGUGGUAGUCUCGGAUCGUUCUCCUCGGAUAUUUGCCGAUUGUUGCAACGUUGUGAUGAGGAAGAUGAUGCAACCAGUGCUCUAGCAGAAACCACGAAUCCAAAGCCUGAGCCUGAUGUUCAAAGCCUCCCAAUGGGAAUCACUACGGUAUACCAAGAGGAGUACUUUAUGAAUCAAGGGCCGCAAGAACAUGACUUUCAAGGAAUUCAUCGCUGCAAGGAUACCACUUCAGGGGCACACAAUACUUUAAUAAAUAACAUGGAAAUGACUAAUCAAUUGGACUAUUAUCAGUUUGAUUUGCAUCAAGAUUUUGACCACAAUACUUUCAUUGGUUUCAAUGGUGAUGGGGAGUGUGGAGAAGAUUCUAUGCCCCACUUGUCUAGCUAUCUGCCAAAUUUUUGCCCUCCACCAUCUGCCUUCUUGGGGCCAAAAUGUGCACUCUGGGAUUGUCCAAGACCUGCUCAAGGAUCAGAAUGGUGUCGAGAUUACUGCAGUAGUUUUCAUGCUGCUCUAGCCCUGAAUGAAGGUCCACCUGGUAUGACUCCUGUGCUUCGUCCUGGGGGAAUUGGUCUAAAGGAUGGUCCCCUCUUUGCUGCUCUCAGUGCAAAAACACAAGGAAAAGAUGUUGGUAUUCCAGAAUGUGAGGGAGCUGCAACUACUAAGUCACCAUGGAAUGCUCCUGAGCUGUUUGAUCUAUCUGUUCUUGAGGGUGAAACAAUUAGGGAGUGGCUCUUCUUUGACAAGCCUCGAAGAGCAUUUGAGAGUGGCAAUAGAAAGCAGAGAUCAUUGCCAGAUUACAGUGGACGUGGUUGGCAUGAAUCAAGGAAACAGGUGAUGAAAGAAUAUGGGGGGCUGAAGAGGUCCUAUUACAUGGAUCCACAACCACUGAACAAUUUCGAGUGGCACUUGUACGAAUAUGAGAUCAACAACUGUGAUGCAUGCGCACUGUAUAGGUUGGAACUGAAGCUUGUUGAUGGAAAGAAGAGCCCCAAAGGAAAAAUAACAAAUGAUUCACUUGCUGAUCUGCAGAAACAGAUGGGGAGGCUAACUGCUGAGUUCCCCACGGAUAACAAACGCAGUGUUAAAGGCAGGACUAGAGUUAAUUCCAGGGAUGUUUAUUCUACUCCAAACCAGCUUGUUCCUUCAAAUGAAAACUUUGGUUAUGGAGUAGGCGCGCCAUAUGGUUACCUUGUUGAGAAUUUAAAUGAAUAUUAUGGGACGUAGUUGAUGAGACUGGGUUUCAUGUGGCAGGGUUGUAGUAGCUGAUGCAUUUUCACUGUUGACAGUGGUGCAGCCGUUGAAGCUUUCCAAUAUAUUAUAGGUUUUCAAUUUGGCGUCUCAAUAACAUCAAGCCAACCCCGUUUUUUGUCACAUGGGGUUUGUGUAGUUCAGUGUCAUCUGCACAAUUAGUGUCCUGUAUGCUGGAGCAUUCUCUGAUUAAAAAGAGAUUGUUAAACAUAGAUGAAAUUGGCUGUAUUUACUUGUUGCAGUUCCUUUAACCGUGUUGGACAAAUGGGAAUGCUAAUUACGAAUAGGUUCACCAGAAUUGUAUAGGGCAAAGGUGAAAAAAUAUAUGUCUCUUCCCUUGGAACUAUUUAAUACUUUUUAUGUCCAUUAUUUAGUUCAAGGUUCUGCUUUUGAGGAGGUUUUAGCAGGAACAUUUUAUGUUCCCGGUUACAAGUUUCUCUUCAAUUCACAACUUAUUGGACCUACCAGUAAAUGUAUGAAAAUUUCGUUUUGUUGUCUCA